AUGGACGGAGAUGGGGAGAGGAAGGGGGAGUUCGACGGGAAGGCCGCGGCGGAGCUGGUGGGCGAGCUGCGUCAGAGUUUCUGGAAUGGGAAGACGAGGAGCUACGAUUGGCGGACGGAUCAACUCAGGUCCCUCGCCAGGAUGUUGGUCGAGAAGGAGAAGGACAUUAUCGACGCCCUCCAUGAAGACCUCGGCAAGCCCGAGAUGGAGUCCUUCAUCCACGAGGUUUGAAGCUUGGAAAACGAGACGACGUGAUGAUCCCGCCUGCGUCUCGUUUUCCUUUCUCUUUGCCUCUUCUCUGAGAUCGCUUCUCGCUCGAUUUUCAAUUAAUCUUCAUAUCACAAAAUCCGACGAUACUCCCGCACUCUCCGGUUCUUACUCCAAUCCCUGGAAGCUGACGGCAUAGGGGAAUCCUACAAUUUAGUAUCCUCGUCUAUCAGAAACCCUCGCGAGUCACGAAAUCUGUGAAUGGUUUCCUCCUUUGAAACUCCGAGAUGCGCUUUCCUUCCUUGGAUUUCUCUACCGUUGAAUCUUCUUCAAGAUGGUACUCUUUAUGGUUUCUGAUGCCAUAAUUCCGUCAUUAUUGCCCUUCCUCGAAUUGAUGAUCCCGGAACGAGUCGAGUUUCUAUGCGUAAACGGAAAAACGGACAUCGAGAUCGGUUUAUCUUUGGACUACACAUCGUACUUCAUAGCCUACUUUGAUUUCAUAGAUAAUGUGUACGAUGCCACGAGCUGGUGCUCGACCAGCAAUUGCUAUUGAACGGCAUGCUACUUUUAGUCCUAGUAUGCGUGUUCUCGAGAUCACCCGUGCUAGAUCUCUUUCCUCUGUUGGUUAAUCGGGCCGUCAUUCGGACUUGAUCACGCCUUCUAAACAAAGAUUUCCCUCUGGUUUUCCAUCUGGUGCGCAUGUGGUACUCUACUGCUAAAAGGAAUGAACGACUAACUAGAUCAUGAUGCCUUGCAAUGCAGAUUUCGCUUGCAAAGGAUGGGUGUGCCCGGACACUGAAGGAACUGAAGAGCUGGAUGAAGCCUCAGAAGGUGAGAUGAUCUCAAGUACAGAGCUUGCAGGAGAUCAUGAGGCAUCUUCUUGGUCAAAAAAAUUCACCAAACAACGUUUCCAACUCGCGCAGGUCUCAACCUCUAUUACGACGUUUCCAUCUUCGGCAGAAAUCGUGUCAGAGCCCCUCGGUGUCGUCUUGGUCAUCUCGGCGUGGAAUUACCCCUUUCGUACGUGAAUGGCUACAUAUCCUGUCGUUUUUCUCUGACUUUAUUCUAAAUUAUUUAUAACUAUCAUCUAUUUUUAUCAUAUGUAGAUAUAUCUGCAAUCAUAUAUUCUUUACUUCGUUGAGAGCUUGUCCUGCUCUGCUUCGAAUUGAUGCGUUUAGAGAGGAAGUCGGAAGAGGAAAAGAAGCACAUGGAUUUAUUUUUUUUAUAUCCCAUUAUCUCAUGAAUGAGAGAAGCGUGAUGGGUCUGUUCGCUGCGUUUUUUUUCUGAAUCUUGGCGGAAGCAUGGGCACCGAUGGGACUAGUAUACUUGAUUCAUACUGAUGAUGCUCCAUAUUAAUUCAAGCAUGGAAUCCGCCGUCUUCUCUGGUUUCCUACCGCAUUUAAUGUAGUGACCAGCUCAUUUAUGGUGGUUGUGUUGUAGUGAUUUUGACAUGUGAUUCCUUGUAUGACACGGAAUAUGCUUAGAAAGCAUCAUCUUGAGAUUGCCUUCUCAACCAAUCUUUCUGUGAUUAUGCCUGUCAGUCGGUCAACGCACUAAAAUAUGCUUUCUGUCAGCCAUGGUUGACAUUUGAUGGCUUUCGGAGCCGCCAAUUCUUUAGAACUGUUUUUACAUUCCAUGCCCAAUAAUUACCUUGAUGUUGGCUCUUACUCGGAACUUAUAUUCUCAUGUGGGCACAUUGAAAAAUGUGGAUCUUCCGCAGUGCUGUCGCUGGAACCUGUAGUCGGAGCGAUUGCAGCUGGUAACGCCGUCGUGUUGAAGCCGUCGGAGAUAGCUCCGGCGACAUCGUCGUUGCUUAAGAGACUUUUACCUGGAUACGUGGAUAGCUCAUCCAUCAGAGUUGUCGAAGGCGGUGUUCCUGAGACAACUGCAUUACUGGAUCAGAAAUGGGACAAGAUAAUCUACACAGGUACCUGCUAACUCUCUGUACCCUCACCCUGUCAUCUGGGUUCCAUCUCGUUUCAAGUCGGUUUCUUUAAAAAAGUAAUGAAAACCCCGCAUUUGCAGAUAUUAAAAGUCUGUCACGGGGCUGGUUUUCUUCAUAAUUAUCAUUUUCUUAUAGAAAAAGAGCCACAAUUAUGUCGUCACAUGCAUGAAAGAUCUAUUUCCUGAUUUCACAGAUGUUUUUAUUUUUCUUCUGAUUACGCGAAAAUGGAAAACUAGUCUCUACCCACCAAUUUUUUUGGUUAGGGAUUGCCUGUGGGCAUCACUUCAUCUCCUUCAUGCUCGUGUUCGUGGAAGAAGAAGUGGCUUAGAUACAGAUCAAACCCGCGAUUAAUUAUUCUCUGAUAAUCUCUCACUUUUAUUGGGUUGAAAUAGAAAAAUAAAAAUAAAAAAUCAAAGCCAUCAGCUGUUCUUGCACCAGUCCAAGCUGAAACCUUUUCAAAUUUUUCUGUCAGGUAAUAGCAAAGUGGGGCGCAUAGUGAUGGCUGCUGCUGCGAAGCACCUGACGCCGGUGGUCUUGGAGCUCGGGGGAAAGUGUCCCGUCGUCGUCGACUCGAAAGUCGACUUAGAUGUAAACGCCAUUUUAUAAGCUUCCUGAUGACAACAUUUGGCUAGGACCGUGGUUUAGAGGCUCAUUUAUUUGGAAGCCGAUGGGCCCCAUUUUUCUAGGUUGCCACGAAGAGAAUCGCCGUCGGAAAGUGGGGCUGCAACAACGGCCAAGCCUGCAUCUCUCCAGAUUACAUCAUCACGGAGCGAGAGUUCGCCCCAAAACUGGUAGGCUGCCGGAUAUUUAUGACACCAUUGAGUCCUCGAUUUAGGUAAUCUCAUCAUCGUGUUUAAUCUUCAGAUAGAAGCCAUGAAGAGCACUCUGGAGAUAUUCUACGGGAAGGACCCGAUGGCGUCGAAGGACCUGUCCCGCAUAGUCAACUCCAACCAUUUCAAGAGGAUAUCAAAGCUCCUGGACAGCGACAAGGUCUCAGAGAAAAUCGUCCACGGAGGCCAGCGCGACGAGCAGGCCCUGUAAGUGCCCCCCAGAGCCAUCACAUUCAUCCGUAUCUGGGCUCGUAGAUCAUCCGAGAAAGUUUUUUUUUUUUUUAUCGCAGGAAAAUCUCUCCCACACUGUUGCUGGAUGUCCCCCAAGACUCGUUGAUCAUGACCGAAGAGAUCUUCGGGCCUUUGCUCCCCAUCAUCACUGUGAGUACUUCAUGCCCUCUAAGAACAUGUAUUUGCCAUUUUAUAUGCCCCUUUUAAUGGGCGGCGCAUGGAACUGAACAAGGAUUGGGGUGGUCAUUUUGAGGGUCAAUUCGGGAGGAAGCAAGUCAACGCUACGACCGUUGACUCCCCUCCCCUUUUUCCUGCCUUGGCCGAGCUAAACCCACUGCCGGUUGACCCCGAUGAAGAUGAGAUGUGCUCAUUUGGGCGGCCUAGUUUCGGGGUCAAUCCUAAAAUCGAUGAGGACUCUUCUUCUUCCCCUUGACCCGAGAUUCCUCUCACUGCGCAGGUUGACGACAUCCACCAGAGCUUCGACAUAAUCAACUCGAGGCCGAAGCCCCUCGCUGCCUACCUCUUCACCAAGGACAAGAAGCUGGAGGAGAAGUUCGUGAGGGGCGUCUCCGCCGGAGGGAUGUCCAUCAACGAGACCGUCCUACACGUGAGCCCCACUCCCCUUCCUCUCUCUGAUCUCUCCGACUUGCCUGGCAAGACCCUCGCCGGAGAUUCGCCGGAGAGCCUCGCCGAAGCCCCGUUGACGGCUCUCUCUCUCUCUCUCUCUCUCUUCUCAUUGCAGAUCACGAAUCCAGGGCUCCCGUUCGGAGGAGUUGGAGAGAGCGGGAUGGGAGCUUACCACGGCAAGUUCUCAUUCGACACCUUCAGCCACAAGAAGGCCGUCCUGCGGCGGAGCUUCGGCGGAGAGGCCCCCGCGAGAUACCCGCCGUACACGCCUAAGAAGUCACGACUCCUGAAGGCGCUGGUCAACGGGGACAUCAUCGGGAUCAUCCUCGCUCUGAUCGGCUGGCCCCGGGCUUAG